GUAUUUAAAAGAGGCACACUAUCACUCCUGACCAGCGCAAACCACCACUCUUCUGCAAUAGAAAGUUCCCUAAAUUUAUUCACAAUCAAAAUGUUGCCCACUGGAGCCCGUCCCAUCGGUCGUCAACAUAGCAAGUCUCAGUCUGCUUUUGCUUUUGACAAUACUGCCACCAGUAUUGCAGCUAGUACCAUGAGAAAUGAGCUGAACCACCUCGCCAACACUGUCAAAGACCCUAAGCAACGGAAAGCUUUUGAGAAGGAAAUGGAUAACUUCUUCAGUCUUUUCAGCCGUUACUUGCAGGAGAGCGCUAAGGGUAACGAGAUCAACUGGGAUAGUGUCAAGUCUCCCAACCCCGAGCAGGUUGUUGAAUACAGCACCUUGAAGGGUACUGAUCUCACUCGUGACUACCUCAACAAGCUUGCUGUGCUCAAGCUUAACGGUGGCCUGGGAACUUCUAUGGGUUGUGUUGGUCCCAAGUCCAUCAUUGAGGUGCGUGAGGGAAACUCUUUCCUUGAUCUCAGUGUCCGUCAAAUUGAACAUCUCAACCGUAAAUUUAAUGUUUCUGUUCCUUUCGUUUUGAUGAACUCAUUCAACACUGAUGAGGCCACGGCUAAAGUGAUUAAGAAGUACGAGGCUCACAAGAUUGAAAUUCUUACGUUCAAUCAAUCUCGCUUCCCUCGUGUCCACAAGGAAACGCUUUUGCCAGUUCCCCGUGAGGCCGAUUCCCCCAUUGACGAGUGGUAUCCCCCCGGACAUGGUGAUUUGUUUGAGUCCCUCCACAACAGCGGCCUUAUUGAUCGUCUUUUGGCUCAAGGAAAGGAGUAUCUUUUUGUCAGCAAUAUCGAUAACCUUGGUGCUGUCGUAGACUUGAACAUUUUGAACCACAUGAUUGAUACCCAUGCCGAGUACAUCAUGGAGCUCACCGACAAGACCAAGGCUGACGUCAAGGGCGGUACUUUGAUCGACUACGAGGGCAAGGUUCGUCUCCUUGAGAUCGCUCAGGUUCCCUCGCAACAUGUUGAGGAAUUCAAAUCUAUUAAGAAGUUCAAGUACUUCAACACCAACAACAUUUGGCUUCAUCUCCCUGCUGUCAAGCGUGUUGUUGAAAACCAUGAGUUGUCCAUGGAGAUCAUUCCCAACUUUAAAACUGUGAAAUAUCAUGGUGAGAGUCACAACAUUAUCCAACUUGAGACUGCCAUCGGUGCUGCAAUUCGUCACUUUAAGAACGCACACGGUGUUAACGUUCCUCGACGCCGUUUCCUUCCCGUGAAGACGUGUUCAGACCUUAUGCUUGUUAAAUCCGAUCUCUACUCAAUUAACCAUGGUCAAUUGGAGAUGGAUCCCCACCGUUUCGGAGGUUCCGCACCUUUAAUUAAGCUUGGUGCUGACUUCAAGAAGGUCGCUGACUUUGCUAAGCAUAUCCCCAGUAUUCCCAAGAUCUUGGAGCUUGAUCAUUUGACAAUUACUGGUAAUGUCAACAUCGGCCGUAGUGUCACGUUGAAGGGUACAGUAAUUAUCGUCGCCAGCGACAACAACCGCAUUGAUAUCCCCAACGGAUCUGUCCUUGAAAACUGCGUCAUCACCGGUAACCUUAACAUUCUUGAGCAUUAGAAAGUUGUGUUACUGGUGCACUAAUGGUUUAUUAACACGAUCAAUUAUGAAGUCUUAAGAUUAAUGUGGAGCGACUGCUGACUUAAUAUUUUUAGACCUGGUACGCACAUAACGAAUAGCAUUCUUUACAAUAUAAAAACCUUAAUAGUAAGCUUGAAAAUACGGAAUUAAAUUAAAGUUUGCUUCAU